CACCGGCGUCAUCCAUACGGGUGGGAUUGGAUCGCUGCCCGCCAUCCUGCCGGGAGAACACGGACACCAGCCAGACACUGCCUGUCACACAGGAAGGACCGCGAACACUGCCGUGCCUUCAGUAGGCAGGCUAGGAGCAAACCUCCCCUAGAGCAUCCGCCUGGCAGAGCCAGGAGCUGAAGUGCUCCAUUAAGCCGCGGCAGGAGAGCCUUGACACUGACCGACAGGAUGGAGCGGCUAACACUAUCCAUUGGCUAGAGGAGGAAACGCCCACAGCCAAAGCCAGAAGAUUUCUAUUGGUCAAAGUCUGGGCGAGAAAUGGCUCCCAUUGGUCGGACGCCGUGGUGCAGCGCGCCGCCUUUUGGGAAAUGUAGUUUCAGUGUUGCCGGUGCGGCCGCCAUUGUCCUGCAGGCGACGAUUCGGGCGACUCCUGUGGCUGGGUUGGCUGUCGAGUUUGGAGUUUCCCAGGUCAUUGUCCUCGACCGGCCGGUCCAGUAUGGACUCCGAGGAGGAAGCUGCAGGAUUAGAGUUGGCCACAGGGCCGCCGCCGCAACGGCCACAGGCUGGGAGCUUAGACCUGAGAAUAGAACGUCACCCAAGGAGCAGGACUUUCCUGAGGAGAAGUCAUCCCAUAUCUUGAAUGCUCCCUAUUCUGCCACACUGGAGAUAGAAUGGGAAGGUAAAAACCAUAUAAAGAAGCCCAAGUUGGACCAGGAUGAUUUGAAGCAAUUGGAAUUUGGUUCCAAGGAUGCACCAGUCAAAGAUCGAGACUGUGAAAGUCUCCAAUUUGAGGAUAACUGUGUCCCAAAUUCAGAUCCAUUACUGGAGAUUUCUAGGCAAAAAUACUUCACUACUGAUGACUCGCAGGUUACAAAUCUGGGCCUUAAUUCAAGUUUAGGCAUUGAGCAGACAGCCUCCUUAGAAAAACAGCCUUGUGACAUCAGCAACUAUGGCAAAGAUUCCAGUCCGGCCAUUCAGGCUACAGAACUUACCCGAAGCCAAGUACAAAAUAAACCCUACAAGUGUACAGACUGUGGGAAGUCAUUUAACCAUAAUGCACACCUCACAGUGCAUAAAAGGAUCCACACUGGAGAGAGACCUUACAUGUGCAAAGAGUGUGGCAAAGCCUUCAGCCAAAACUCCUCCCUGGUUCAGCAUGAGCGAAUCCACACAGGAGAUAAGCCCUAUAAAUGUGCUGAAUGUGGGAAGUCUUUCUGUCAUAGUACGCACCUCACUGUCCAUCGGCGAAUUCACACUGGAGAGAAGCCCUAUGAAUGUCAGGAUUGUGGGAGGGCUUUCAACCAGAAUUCCUCCCUCGGCAGACACAAACGCACACACACUGGAGAGAAGCCAUACACCUGCAGUGUGUGUGGGAAGUCUUUUUCUCGAACCACUUGCCUAUUCCUGCAUCUGAGGACUCACACAGAAGAGAGACCCUACGAGUGUAACCACUGUGGGAAGGGCUUCCGGCACAGCUCCUCCCUGACCCAGCAUCAGCGAAAGCAUGCUGGGGAGAAACCCUAUGAGUGUCGCCAGAGACUAUUCUUUAAGCAGACUUCAGCUCUAAUGAAGCAGGAGUGGGCAGAAGCACUAGGCUGCAACUCCACAUUGAGUCCAGAAGAGAGUGCUUCCCGUAGUGACAGGCCCUUUAAGUGUAAUCAGUGUGGAAAGUGUUUUAUUCAGAGUUCUCAUCUUAUCCGACACCAGAUAACUCACACCAGGGAGGAGCCCCAUGGACGAAACAGGCACCGUAGCUCACAGCUCAGUCGGCAGGCACGCUCAGGAGAGAAUGCUGGGGGCGGAACAAAGGCAGGUCAACCUGCAGGCAGGGCACUUGCCUUGUUUGACAUCCAUGAGAUUAUGCAAGAGAAAAACCCAGUGCACGUUAUUGGGAUUGAAGAGCCUUCUGUGGGUGCUUCAGUGUUAGUUAACAUCAGCGAAUCCUCAUAGGGGAGAAACUACAGAUGACUUUUGAACCCUGGUUACAAAAAUGUGGUAAGUCCACAUAGUAUUUUCACAGGUAGAGGGACAGAAUAAAAAUGCCGAAGGUAACCCCUGGUUUCUUAAGGAAAAGAAGUUUCCCAAACACCAGAGAUAGGUGGUUCUCAAAUCUGCUCCCUGAAAGCAUAAAUGUUUUUUCUUGAGUUCCUCUGUUACCAAGAAAUGAAUUCAUGCAUAAUGUAACCUAUCUAUAUGUGAAUGUCAAGAAUAUAUAUAUGUAUGUAUAUAUAUCUAUACACACAUGCAUAUAUAUACAUAAAUAUAUAUAUAGCCUGUUUUAUAAAGAAUAAUGAAAACAAAGGUAAUUGGUGAUAGGGUAACAUGUACUAAGUUAGUGGGAUAUCUUGUAAUGUCACUGCGUGGGGAUAUUAUACUUAGAGACCUGGGCAUUGCUUAUUGCUUUCUGUCUCAUUCAUGGGAUAUAGGAUUGACUCCUGAAUUUUGUGAGGGGCAUUGUGAGUUUUCAAAAUUGAUGAUUGCAAAAUUUUAGAAUAAAAUGCCAUAACACUGGAAAAUUGGGUGUAAUAUUCUAAGCAUGCCAGGAUUAAAUUGUGUUUAUAUGUGAGGUUGACUUAAGAAUUCAAGUCAUAUGUUGCAAACAGGUUAUUACCUAUGUAUAUACAGACCCCAGUGGCUCCAGUUCUGAAUUUACAGUCACUGGAGCACACUUCACUGACGGCCACAUGUCCUUUCACUUUUUUUUUUGGUAGGGUUAGGGGCCAUGCGUAGCUGUGCUCAAGAGUAGAUAGUGCUCAGAGGAUCAUAUUUAGUGACCAAACUGGGGCCAACAGUGUACAAGGCAAGCACCUUACCCACUGUAGUAUCUCUCUGGCCCUCCCCCAGACUUCUCCAAAAUCAGAUGAUAAAAAAGUUCAUGUGAAAUUCCAUGAUAUAUUGUUUGAUUUUAACAAAUGCUAGUUGAUAUCUCACAUCAAUCCCAGAAAUCAUGCCUUUUCAUCAUGGUUAUGAAUGAUCUCUAAAAUGCAGUACCUGGCGCUGGAACAAUAGUACAGCGGGUAGGGUGUUUGCCUUGCACGCGGCCGACCCGGGUUCGGUUCCCAGCAUUCCAUAAGAUCCCCCGAGCACCACCAGGAGUAAUUCCUGAGUACAUGAGCAAGGAGUCACCCCUGUGCAUCGUCAGGUGUGACCCCAAAAGCAAAAAAAUAAAUAUAAAUAAAUAAAAUUUAAAAAUAAAAUAAAGUGCAGUACCUUUAAGUAUUUUUAAAGCACUUAAGUUUAUUUAUAUUUGAGCUAGGAUCAUCUGCUUGUAAUACAAGCUCUUUAGCUCCUGUGCUACCUCUCUAGCUCAUGCUUUGCAGUGCCAAGGAUCUACUGCUGAGUUAUAUCCCCAUUUUUAUUGGUAUAAAACAACUUUAUGACUGAGAUAUGAUAUUUGGUAUCUCAUAGCACAUGGGCUAUAAAAACCAAAGAGGUGAGCCAUGGAGAUGUUCAAAGGGCUAAAGCACGUGUUUUGCAUGUAUGAGCUCUUGGAUCAGUCUCUAACACACAUGGGCCAGAGAGAAUGCAAAAAGUAAGGUGCUUGCCUUGCA